AAUCUCCUUUUAGAAAUGAAAGUUGAAAUAAGAUUAGUUCGUCCAGUUUUUUCACUUUUGAUUACAAGAUGAAAAUAUCUUUAACUGGUUUACGGCAUGCCCAUGAUUUUUAUUUUACCUAAAAGUUUCUCACAGCAUUAGGAAAGUAGUACCCUAUUAUUCAUUAUGGUGGGCCUACCUAAUUCAGUAGGGAAUCAACCAUAGAGGGAGAUUGUGAAGUGGGAAAACAGCAAGAUAAAAACAAACCACACACUUUCCCUCUUUUCUCUCCUUUUAAGACUCAAAAUUGGGCUGUUUUGCUUUCCCUGUUAUUGCUGCAUCAGAGAUUCUCUCCUCCCCAUUCAAGUCAAAGAAGAAAGAAUAGAGGGAAUUUUUUUUUCAAGAAAAAAAGAAAAAGUUGGUAUGAAAUGGGAUGAGAGAGGAAGAACCACAUCUCAUGGCAUAUAUUCCCCCAACAUAACCCCACUCAUGUUUCCUGAUAUGGAGUGAGAUCAUAGAACAACACAACCAACUCCAAGUUAUAAAGAGAACUAUAGCUGGCACAUAUUGAUGCAUAGCUAAAAGGAUCAAAAGACAUCUAUUUUUCAGUCCUUUGCCAGUAAGUAAGUAGUAACUCCUCCAUAAAUAGCAAAUGGAUCUACAAAACAUGCAAAAUCAGAGCAUGCAUUUUGUGUUGUCCACUGAUGCCAAACCAAGGCUAAAGUGGACUCCUGAACUUCACCAACGGUUCAUUGAGGCCACAAAUCAGCUUGGAGGUGCAGAUACAACUCCAAAGAGUCUUAUGAGGGUGAUGGGGAUUCCAGGACUUACUUUGUACCACCUCAAGAGCCAUUUACAGAAAUAUAGACUUGGGAAAAGCCAACAACUAGAUACCAGCUCUGACAGCAAACAAGAAGAUUACAUAGAAACCAAGAGCAGUGAUGGCCAUUGCAGCAGGGAAAUCAGUCUUGGGGCCCAGAAUCAAAUUACUGAAAACAUGCAGAUAGCUCAGGCCCUCCAAAUGCAAAUGGAAGUACAAAGGAAACUUUAUGAACAAAUUGAGGUGCAGAAACAUUUGCAGCUCCGAAUUGAAGCUCAAGGAAAGUACUUGCAAUCAGUGCUAAAGAAGGCACAGGAAGCACUUGCUGGAUACAAUUCUGCCCCAGUGGGGAUAGAGCUCACAAAAGCUGAACUUUCCCAGCUUGUCACCAUCAUCAACAAUGCUUGUCCAAGCUCUCCCAUCUCAGAACUAACAGAGACAAGAGGGUUGAGUUUAAGCUGUGGGGACAGGAAAAGAGACAGAGGCACUAUGUGUUCACUGGAAAGUUCCUUAACAUCUUCUGAAAGCUCUGGGAGAAAGGAAGAGAAACAAUCAAUGGAAGAGAUAGAGGAGUUCAAAAGCUCCAAUAAUGCUUCAGUUGAAUUGCCGUUGAUGGGCUUUCACACUGAGAAUAAAGCAUCUAACACAGGCUCUAGCAAUGAGGCCAGUGGGAGAAAGAGAAGUGCAGCAACAAAAUCUAAUGAUGGUAGAUAUGUUGUUGAACAACCAUGUGGAAAAAGAAGUGGCAACAAGUUCAGAAAGCCAGAAAUGCUUGACUUGAACAGCCAAUGCCAGAUUGACAUGGACUCAACAACUUCAAAAACAUUAGACUUAAAUUGCAGCUUAAACUUUUGGGAACCAUGAAGAUAGUUUUUACAUACUCCCUAAUAUUAUAUUAUAUAUAUGUAUGUAUGUAUAAUAUAUGCGGCAAAAUCUGUGAUUAAACAAAUCUGUUAAUAUAGUAUGUAUAUCUUUUAUGAUUAUAAUGAAAAGAAAGAAGAAUUUGACUGUA